AUGGUCAAAGAUGAGCUGAUGCUGCUACAGACAGAUCCAGCAUACGCACAGGAAGUCAUCAAGAUGAGGAGGGUAGCGCUCAGCAAUGCAGCCCCAGGAUCCAGGCAUGCGAAGCAGUACGAGGACGUCGGCGGCUUCUUAGUGACGGAACUACUGACUCGCUUUGAGAUGUGGCACACCAUAUCGUCCCGUUGCAGCGAGCUCAAGAAAGCCAUGAUGCAUUCCAAUGAGGUCUAUACUCCAGGCACAACCACGCCGCCCGAGGUGGCCAUGCACAUAUAUGCAUUGGAAGCCAGUAUCGAACAUUGGAGAGAACGGUCUAGUGAAGACUUUGAGGAGCUCAGGCACUUCACAAAUCUUGGACCUCGCCAGGUACCGCCAUCCCAUUCCGGUGACCAUAUGAACACGUCAGAUGUAAAUGAAGUACUCGACCCAGACAACCCCAUUGAUCGCUUGAAGUGGCAAAUUGCAGGCAUUCGUCAGAGUGCGGGUCGAAAAGGAAGGCAUCCGGCUGGACACGCAUCACUGUUCGUGGCCAUUGAGAGGGAAGAAGCUACAGAUAGAAUCAUGGACCAGCUGACACGGGAGUACAUCAAUGACGCGAUGAUCAUGGAUGAAAUCUACACUCACAUCGCUUGGAUACAACAGAUUCUGGAUCCUACCAUUGAGUUUCCUUGGGUGAAGUCUGGGGAGAGUUGCUGCAUUCUCGGCGACCCCAAAUGCCGCCACUCCUGGCUCCAAUUUGCGUCGGGAUGGCAACAGCGCAUCGGCGCUCUGGCUCAAUCACUGAUGGACGCGCCUUGGCCGAAGGGCCGCAAAGACCUAGCCUGGCUUGCUAAGGCGACUUUGACGCGCUCGCGCCUGGGAAAGCUGUGGCAAGGUAUCUUCGCGGAGUAUGGCAAAGCACAAGAAGCAGGGAGAAGCUCACCAUGCGGCACGUACUUCAUGACAAGUAUGACUGAGUUCGCAAAUGACCCGGCACAUCUCGCACAACUCGAAGCGGAGCGAGAGGCAUGUGAGUUGGAGUCUGAUAGACAAUCACUUGUCGCCGAGGAGAACGCCAGGGCUCUCACAGGCUACAUCCCGCAGAUCCAGUGGGGCUCGGAUGGUGCCGGCCAUGAGAAGAAGCUGAAGUCGGAGAAGAAAGCGAAGCUGAAGGCGAAGCCGGUGCAGACUGCUGGCGAACUCGCCCGUGCAAUGGGAACCAUACAUCUUGAGUACAGCCCUGACGACAGCGCAAGACUCAAUAGCGAUGGACCGCUGACACCGCACGCACCGAUCUCUAUACGCAUGAAGAGGGAGAACCUAGUCGUCUUUCAAAAGAUGUACCGCGCUGAUACGGAGUCCAACCAAGGCGGUACCAUUCGUUGGCAAGCAUUUGUCCAGGCGAUGAAAGACGCAGGCUUCACCGCGGAAGAAGCUGCUGGCUCUGCAGUAAGUUUUCGCAGCAGCAGUCUUGGAGGAUCUAUCUGCUUCCAUCGUCCUCAUCCAGAUCCGGUGUUGCAUCCUAUCAUGCUGUAUGCUAUGGCGAGGCGCCUCACGAAGUGGUUCGGCUUUACCACGGACACGUUCGUGUUGAGAGAGACUGAAGCUGACACAUGAGCCGGCGAUGCUGGAUGGGAGAUAUUGCAGG